AUGCUUAAAAAACUGACCAAGUUUGAUAAGUCAAAAAGAAAGUCAGAUUUCAGGUCUGAGUUUUCCGUGGUGACAGUUGACAGACUACCACAAGUAUUCGUUGUGAAGUACCUGGGCCAACGAGACGUCACUGGCGCCAGCGGCCUGCACCACGUCCGCAAACCGGUAGAUGAGAUGGUUCUGAAGAUCCGGACCAAACUUGAUGCCAAAGAAGAUCUUAACCUCCCCUUAAUUUACGUCAUCAUUUCACCAAAAGGCCUCGAUUUGCGGGAACACCAGUCCAACAAGGUGAAGGGCACAGCCCCGCUUGGGGUCAUCCCAAUCAACUUCAUCUCCUACGGUGUACAGGACAUCAAAUACUGGAAGAUAUUCACCUGUAUAGUCAUCAAAGCUUUGUCAUGGCAGUCAAAGUCGGCCACUUGUCACGCCUUCCUUUGUGACUCCCCACAUAGUGGCCGCAAGAUGGCUUUGGCUCUGGGAGCUGCUUUUAAUAUUUACUCCAAGAAACUGGCGACUGAUGGGGCUGGUAGUAAUUUCCAGGUGGAGCUGCGUCCUCCUGAUGAACUGGCUGAUGAGAUGCAGGAGUAUGAUGCGUAG